AUGGUGGUUAUCAAGUCCUUUCACCCGCCGUUACAGAUCCCAGAGGUCGACCUAUGGCAGCUCGUGUUCGAGAGGAAGGAUAGGGCGUUCCCGGAAGACAAGGAAAUAUACAUCGACCCCGAUACAAGACGCUCUUAUACAUGGGCGCAAGCCCGUAGCACGGCUCUCGAGUUCGGCAAGGGACUCAAGUCGCAAUGGGGGUUCAAGAAGGGCGACGUGCUGGGAUUCUUCUCGCCGAAUAGCGUAGACUACCCGGCCGUGUUCUUCGGCGUGCACUGGGCCGGCGGCGCUUGCUCGACUGCCAAUCCGACGUACACGGCGAAGGAGCUCGCGUACCAGAUGAAAGACUCGGGGGUCGCGGGCAUCGUGACGCAAGUUCCCAUGCUGCCGACUGUGCUCGAGGCCGCCAAGACCAUCGGGCUAUCUGAGGACCGCAUCAUCCUGCUCGGCGACGCGAGGGACCCGACGGGCAAGUUCAAGCACUUCUCCGAGAUACGGGGAAGCUCGGGACUGCUGGGAUUAUCGCUGCGGCCGCGCAUCGAUCCCAAGAAGGACACCGCGUUCCUCGUGUACAGCUCCGGGACGACAGGGUUGCCGAAGGGAGUCAUGCUCACGCAUUACAACAUCGCCUCCAACCUUUUGCAGCUAAGGCAUUGUGAUAUUUUCAACGGGAUUUACCACGCGGGAGGAAUCGACGGGAAGGGCGAUAAGCAGAUCGCAGUGCUGCCUUUCUUCCACGUAUACGGCCUCACAUGCAUAGCCCUACAAAGCAUAUUCAUGGGCCUCCAAGUCGUCGUCCUGCCUAAAUUCGACCUCGACAAAUUCUGCCAAGCAAUCCAAGACUUCGGCGUGACCUUCGCAGCCAUCCCACCCCCCGUCGUGCUCGCCCUAGCCAAGCACCCGUCCGUCUCGAAAUACGACCUGUCGAGCAUAAAAUGGAUGAACUCGGGCGCAGCGCCGCUCGGCCGCGAGCUAGUCGAGCAGGUAUGGGCGCGCCUCAGCAUCCCCGUGAUGCAGGGCUACGGGUUAUCCGAGACGGCGCCCACGCUCACCAAGGGGCACAUCGCCGACUGGAAGCGGUUCAACGGGUCCUGCGGCAAACUGCUGCCCAACGUCGAGGCCAAGAUCGUCGACGUGGAGACCCGCGUCGAAAAGGGCCCCGGCGAGGGCGAGGGCGAGCUCUGGUUCCGCGGCCCCAAUGUCUUCCCCGGCUACUGGAACCGCCCGGAGCUGCACAAGGACACGUUUAGCGAUGACGGCUUCUUCAAGACGGGCGAUAUCGGCUACGUCGACAAGAAGGGGAAUUUCUAUAUUACGGAUCGGUUGAAGGAGUUGAUCAAGUAUAAGGGUUUCCAAGUCGCCCCCGCGGAGCUCGAGUCCGUACUCCUCGGCCACGACGAAGUAGCCGACGCCUGCGUCGUGCCGGCACACGACAAGGUGCGCGAGACCGAGGUCCCACGCGCGUACGUCGUUCUCCGUCCUAACGUCCCGCGCGACGAGGCCAAGGCCGCGGAGCUUAUCGUUUGGGUCGAAGGGCGCGUCGCGCAGCAUAAGAGGCUGCGCGGCGGCGUGCGGUUCGUCGACGAGGUGCCGAAGAACGCUAGCGGUAAGCUGCUGCGGCGGGUGUUGAAGGAGGAGGCUAGGAAGGAGGACCAGAGGGCUGAGGGGCCGAAGUUAUGA